CUAAGCAGGGAGACACCUAUGGAGAGCUUGCGAGCAGGAGCUGGAGAUACAUUUUGACUACCGGACUGUUUUGUGCCACCGUUCCAAGACAAGUUCUCUCAUCAUUUCGUAUGUCCAGGAUGGAGCGACGGUGUUGGUGGUGUUUACUGGUAUUGAGCUGCCUGCUCCAGACUUUCUCAGCCCACAGUGACUUUUACACAUCCAUCGGUCACAUGACAGAUCUGUUGUACACAGAGAAAGACUUGGUCACUUCACUGAAGGAUUAUAUCAUGGCAGAGGAGAACAAGCUGAAGCAGGUCAAACAGUGGGCAGAGAAGCUGGAUGUGUUGUCAGCCACAGCCGUGCAGGAUCCCGAGGGCUUCCUGGGGCACCCGGUCAACGCCUUCAAACUGAUGAAGAGGCUGAACACAGAAUGGGGAGACCUGGAGAGCCUGGUGCUGAAGGACACCACAGACGGCUUCAUCUCUAACUUGACCCUCCAGAGGAAACACUUCCCUACAGAUGAGGACCAGACAGGCGCAGCCAAGGCGCUGCUCAGACUGCAGGACACCUACAGGCUGGAUACCAACACCAUCUCUACAGGAGACCUGCCAGGAGUGACGCACAAGAGCCCUAUGACGGCGGAGGACUGCUUUGAGCUGGGGAAGAUUGCCUACACCGAGGUGGACUACUACCACACUGAGCUGUGGAUGGAGCAGGCCCUGAAGCAGCUGGACGAAGGAGAGGAGUCCACCGUGGACAAGGUCACCGUGCUGGACUACCUCAGCUAUGCCAUCUACCAGCAGGGGGAGCUAGGCAGGGCCCUGGAGCUCACCAAGAGGCUGCUCAUACUGGACCCGGAACACCAGCGUGCCAACGGCAACCUGAAGUACUUUGAGUUUCAACUGAUAAAGCAGAGGAAGGCCCAGGCCGAGGAGGCCCAGAAGGAGGGCAAGGUGCGAACGAAGAGACAGACGAGUGAUGCCUCCAAGAAGAAGAAGCGCUUCAGGGAGCCUGUCCCAGAGAGGAAGAUGUAUGAGAUGCUGUGUCGAGGGGAGGGCAUCAAGCUGACCCCCCGCAGACAGAGCCGGCUUUUCUGCCGUUACUAUGACAACCACAGUCACCCCAAGUACCUGUUGAGCCCGGUGAAGCAGGAGGAUGAGUGGGACCGGCCCUACAUCGUCCGUUACCAUGACAUCAUCUCUCACAGCGAGAUCGAGAAGGUCAAAGAGCUGGCCAAGCCCAGGCUUCGCCGGGCCACCAUCUCCAACCCCAUCACUGGUGUGCUCGAGACUGCCCCAUACAGAAUCAGCAAGAGUGCAUGGCUGACAGCAUAUGAACACCCAUUGAUUGACCAGAUCAACCAGCGGAUUGAGGACCUCACAGGACUGGAGAUGGACACUGCAGAAGAGUUGCAGGUUGCAAACUAUGGUGUGGGAGGGCAGUAUGAGCCCCACUUUGACUUUGGACGGAAAGAUGAGCCUGAUGCAUUUAAAGAGCUGGGAACUGGAAACCGCAUAGCAACCUGGCUCUUCUAUAUGAGUGAUGUGGCAGCGGGAGGUGCUACAGUAUUCCCAGAUGUGGGUGCUGCAGUAUGGCCGAAAAAGGGGACUGCAGUGUUCUGGUAUAACCUGUUUCCCAGUGGAGAGGGAGACUACAGUACGAGACACGCAGCCUGCCCAGUACUGGUGGGCAACAAGUGGGUAUCAAACAAAUGGAUCCAUGAACGAGGGCAGGAGUUCAGACGACCCUGUGGCCUGAAUGAGACUGCAUGAUGAAGGGUGAAGGCUUUCCUUCCACACCCCUCCUCUAUCCCUCUGUUCCUCUUGCACCCCAGGACCUGAGAACACUUCUGCGGAUGACAGGCUAUGAAAAGGGGGCCAUGGGCAUCCCUCCUCCUCCUCUUCCUCCCUCCCUCCCUCCCUCCCUCCUUCAUUCGCUCCUUACCCCCACUCUGAACCUCUCUGAGCCCAGGAUGUUUUGGGGCUUUCAGCUUGGACAGGAUUAGUGGUUUUCUGACUGACAUGGUGCUCUCAAGGCUGUUGGAUAUGUCUCAAAUGAACACAUCAACCUUAUGUCUUUGUUUGCACUCUUUAUGGACUCUGUGUGUUUCAAGUCACUCCAGUUUAUACUAACAUAACUCUCUCACAAACAUACCACACACACAGACGUACACUCCAACACUCCCACGUACUGCACAGACAAUCUUAUCUGAUGUUUAACUGUUCAUAGCUGGGGUAUAAUUUGUUUCUUGUUUUUAAGACCUAGGUUUGGUUUGGUAUUGGACUGACUUUGGAUUUGAAUACUCACUCACAUUUUAGACAGAACAUUUGAUUCUUUGGAAAUACACAUGAGGAACUCUUCCGCAUUUGUGUGAAGGAAAAGAGGGAGGGAAGAACAUGGUGUCUUUAAAAUCUUGGCAAAUUCACUCAGAUUCAUGCAACCUUAGGGGAUAUCGAUGUGGGCCCAUAAAAGAAGACAAGCAAAAUAAUUGCUGGUGUUAUUCCCACUGAAAAGUAUUGUGAGCCAUGUUUUUCCGUGGCCCAUAGGAAGGCCUGUGACCCAUACCAAAUGUUUAUUUAUGCAAUACUAUCUGGGGGCCUCAAGGAAGAAAGAUUAUAUUUAUAACUGUCAAAAUUCACCCAUUUUGUGUUUGUACGUCCUUUCAAAUGUGCAGGAAUAUUUUCGGAAGUGUGAAAUUAACGUUUUCUACAGAAAUAAAGUAUAUUUCUGCCCACCUAA